AUGACAGAUACCAAGACCAAAGACUCUUUUCUGGCCACAGAUGCUCCAUUCUGUUUCACAGUAGCACAGAAUGGCGAAACUUUCUUCGAGCACAUUGGUCAUCCCGAGAACUCUAGGGCUGCGCUUAAGGUGAUCAAGGGUGUUGUACCAUGGCUCAACAGGACAACUAGGCCAGCGCUUCUCAAUGACUACCCCUGGCAUGAGAACCCCAAAGCUCGAGUUGUGGAUGUCGGGUGCGGUCCAGGUGACAGCGGAUUUGACAUAAUGAGGAACAAUCCGGAGCUUCAUUGGACUUUCCAGGACCUUCAGCCGGCCAUCGAGAGCUUGAAGACCAACCUGCCCGAGGAUAUUGCACAAAAGGCUGCGGAAGGAAAAGUCAAAUGUGUCAUACAGGACUACUUCGAAGAGAACGCAGCAGAGGGUGACAUAUGGUACCUCAGAGGAGUUCUGCGCGAGUAUGAUGAUGAAGACGCUGUCAAGAUACUUACCAACGUUGCGAACUCCAUGAAAAGAACUCUGGGCUCACGGAUGGUGAUUAACGAGAUAUGGAACUCGACUCCGUUCAUUGUCAGUAAUCAGAAUACGGCCCCGUCUACUCUGACACCUCAUCAACAGUCAAGGCUUCCGGACCUUGCCAACUUGAUGACAUGGAAUACUCUGUUCUUCUUCGGCGGCAAGGAAAGAUCGGUGCCAGAGCUCGAGUUGAUUCUUCGAAAAGCAGGUCUGAAAAUCAGCCGGUUCUUCCAAUUUCGCACGAUCACUACCAUGGUAGAGUGCUCACUAGCGUAG